AUGGGCCAGGCACUGUUGUCGUUGCUGGCAGGCAGAGCUUCCGAUAGGAAGGAGCUGAGCAAAGAGGCCAAGCAGAGGCUGCAGUAGCUCUUCAAGAGCAGCCAAUCCGCGGGCUUUGUUCUUCUCAUGGUUUAUCUGGGAUUUAAGAGGCAUGCAGAUCCUGGAAUGCCUGAUCCAACCAUUCUGAGCUUACUUUGGGGAUAAGGGACUAUUUGGUCUUUGGAUUUGGAAGCAAUCAAUGGACAGGAACAACAUGGAAGGUGUGUGCUACGGCUGGGAUAAGAGAUGGGACGUCGUUCAGAUGUUCACCAGUUGGAUGGUACAAGGCUCUUACUACACAGAUGCAUGUAUGGCAAAGUGGAACC